AUGAAGCCAGUUCAAUCCAUCGACCACUCCGAGACACCUGGGCUCGUCGAAUCUGAUGUGGAACAUGUCGACAACAUUCUGCCCACACCGCCGGCAAUACUGCGCCUUCCACGCGAGCUGAGAGACCUCAUCUAUGAGCAUUACGUCCAGGUCGAUGGUGGCUACAUCCACAACUUCGAGACAAACCGACUUCUACAGGCCGACGGUUCUCCCAUCUCCACCGCGCUCAUUCUUACAUGCCGCCAGAUCGCAGCCGAAUUGUGA